AUGAAUGCAUUGUACCGUCCCAAUGUAAUCUGGAGGAAAGCCACCCUCCAUUUUCUUACGAAAAGAUACAUGAACAGCAAUAAAAUUUUUGACACACUAAAAAAAAAAAAUGAGCAAAACAAUGAUAAUAGGAAUGGAGAAGAGUUAAAUGAAAAUACAGGAGAAAAAAUAGAGAUAAUAAAUAUCGAUGAAAAGGUUUUUGAACAAACAAAUGUUUUAAAAACAAAUAUAAUACAAGAACAAGAUGAUGAGCAUGCUGAAAUUAAAGAAGAAAUGAUGUAUGAAAAUAUAAAAUCAUUUAAAAAUAUAGAUAUUAAAACAUUUAUUCAGCAAACUUUAGAUUAUUAUAGUUCAAAUCAACUUAAAAAAAAUGACAAUUUUUUAGAACAAAAUGAAUAUAAUAAUAUAAAUAACAAAGGUGAUGAUAUCGCUAAUGAAGUAAAUAAUUGUUACACAAAUGAAAUAGAAAAUAUAUAUUGCUCUGACUUUUAUAAAAAUAACAAACAAAACUAUUAUAAGGAUGAAACAUAUAAUAAUACAUUUAGAGAAAUGACACCCGCACAAAGGUUUUAUGAAGAAAACAAAGAAAAACUAAUGAAAGAAUGUAUGAAAUAUUAUAACGAAAGAAAUGAAAAAAUAAAUCAAAAUAAAAAUGAUGAAAAUAAAGAAAAUUCAAAUAUUUAUUAUGAUGAUACAUAUGAAAAUGAUUAUUAUAAUUCUAUAAAUGAUCCUAUAGUAAGGCCAAGAGAUAAUUAUUUAUUUGAUUAUGAAAAUGAAGAAGAAAAUGAAGAAGAAAAUCAAGAUUUAGAAUUGGAAAAAGGAAUAAUGCCAACAAUAGAACAAGUUGUGUGUAUUUUAAAACAUGAAAAAGUUAAAAAUAUUAAAGUUAUAGAUUUAAAUAAAUGUGGAAGAAGGGAUAUAGGUAUGUUUUUAAUUUUAUGUACAGGAAAUACACCCAAACAUAAUAAAAAAGUAGGCAAAUUAAUUAGUAAAAUUUUUAUAGAUUUAGAAAUACCAUAUAUUUCAAAUAUAAUAUAUUGUUACUGUAAUAAAUCAGAUGAUUGGAUUAUUUCACAUUGUGGCCCUUUAAAAAUACAUGUAGUAACAAAAGAAUUAAGAGAAAAAUAUGAUAUUGAAAAUUUAUUUCUUUAUCCUCAUGAACAUUUUGACAAUAAAAACUUUCCAUCCUUUUUCGAUUAUACUCCUGGAAUUCCCCCUCCAUAUAUUAUCAGAAGUAACAGUACAUUAGAUUCUUAUCAUAAUGACAAUCUUUAUCAAAAAUUCAUUUCUGAUGUUUGA